AACACGGAAAGAUAAGUCAAGGAACAGUCCAUCUAGCAUUAAAUUUAUUCUUCUCACAUUUACGAAGAAAACAUUUCACAAGUUUGUGUGUCCAUAAUCUUGGCAUUAGUGGUAAGAUUUGGCUUGAUGUCUCCAAUGGAGGGCUCAGAGAGACAAAAGAUAAAUGAAUAUGCAUAAAAGGAGAAGAGGAGAUGCUGAAAGAACUAACAACAGAAGUGGUAAGAGGAUGUUUUUUUAUACUUGGAUAUUAAUUGGAAGAUUAGAUGGGAGUACCCCUCCCGAAAUUACAUUCAUAACUUUUCUAAAAGUAUAAUUUCGUGAAAUUUCUAUCACCUCCUAUUCAGGCUCAGGUUGCAGGCUGACUGGAAAACUAUAUUUACCUUUAAGGAGCCAAUGAACUUUAGGCCAGCAGUGAGCAAAUUCACCUUGAUGAUUUGCAUGAUGAAGAUAAUGGCACACUGAAGUUCAUCUAUCAGUUAGUUCAGACUAUCCGAACAUGGUUUUGCAUGUACUUUGUACUCUGCAUUAGAAUUUUUAAUGGUCCUCAUUUUAUUCUCUUCCUACCAGUGCAGAGGCAGUCAAUUUUUUUUUAUUCUUGUGAUGCUUUCAGUCCUAAGAACAUUUUACAGAGAAGACAGACAACAAUUUAAAGUCUUUAGGACAACAUGAAGCUCACAGUCUAUUGCUGGUCACUGAUGUGUUUGAUAUUAAGAUCACAAGCCGGAGUUGUGGACGACUUCUCCCAAGUAGAUCGCUGUAAGGAUUUCCUUUAUAUGGGCACUCCACCACGAGGUUACCUCACUACUUCCCUAAAGAAGAUCUGCCAGCGCCAUGUGGACAAGCCUCGCUUUGUUACCCUCUACGACCCCCAAAAACACAUCCCCAUAUAUUCAGCAUACACCUUCAAGAAAUCAGAUGGGGAGAAACGGGUAGACAUUCCCUGGAUGUUUGAGCCACAGCUGGCAACUGAUAAAGGAAGCAGUAACAUGGAACCCUUUCCUCAGUCUUCCUUAAUGCACAAAAACUUUGAAGACACGCAGGCUGUGUUAGAAGACUACGUUGAUGUAGUGCAAUAUGAACGUGGCCAAAUGAGUCCCGAUGAGCAUCAGGCAGACCCGCUGGACAAAGCUGCCACCUACACACUGACCAAUGUAGUUCCCCUGAUAAGGGAGUUCAAUUUUGGUCCCUGGAGCACACAGGUGGAGGUUACCCGCAAACGGCUCAAUAAUUAUUGUCAUGGAAAGGCUUAUGUGAUCACUGGGGUGACAACAUCAGGUAAUAUGAUCCGACGUGAUAACCUAGAUCGUGUGGCCAUCCCAGAGUUCAUGUGGACAGCCUAUUGCUGCUCAGAUUACGAUCACAAUGCUCCCUACUCAGAGCGGUAUAAGUUUCCAGCGUUCGGCGCCUACGGUCUUAAUGAUCGCGUGAACAACCACAUGGUGGAGGUUCCUAUCAAAAAUCUGGAGAAGUUUCUCAAGGGCAAAAUGGAGGUGGACAAGAACUUCCAGAUCUUUUACAGUGACUGUGUGUCAGAUGCAUAAAGAUUAGAAUAGGAUAAUAAACCAGUCCAAUGGGUUCAUUAUCAUAACGAUGGCAGAUACUAUAUUAAACUUAAUACAAAAGAAUAUGCAUUGCAUUUGUGUGUAAUGAAUGGUAAUAUUUUAAUUCAUCAAAUUAUAGGAAUAGUUCGCUCAAAAAUGAAACUUUUGUCAUCAUUACUCAACCUGUAUGAGUUUAUUUCUUUUGUUGAACAUACUAGAAGAUAUUUUGAAGAAUGUGGGUGAUUGGUGCCCUU